CAAAAUUUACAUAUGUCCAAGGUGUUGCAGUACUGUCUAAAAAAUUCCAUGUCUGGAAAGAGCCAAAGAACCAUCACAAUUCUGUUCGUGUAUAAAUUAUUCCUUAUUCAGUUAUCAAAUUUCCACGCGUCUGAAGACAAACCAAGAAAACCACUGAUACCUAAAAAAAGAAAGCUUUAUUUUUUGGGUUUUUUUUUGGUUUUUUGCAUAGUUAUUAAAUACCUGUAAUUGCUGUUAUUAGAAAUGUUCAAU